GAUGGAUCGAUGUCGAAUCUGGAUCGAUAAUUUGGUAUUUUCCCAAGGAAAGAGACAACCGGAGGUCGGGAGCUGCAUACCGUUCUCUCUCUAGAACUGGGAAGUGAGCCGACGAGACUCCGAGCUUUCUAACCUCCUCCUCCUCUUCCUGUUGAAGCUAGGUAGGUUGUUGUCUAAUACGUAUUCUUCAUUUCAUCAGAUAGAUCAUUCCCACAGAUCUGCCUCAUUUCUACAAUCGCAUCUAUUUUGAUCUUCAUUUCAUCAGGUUUAAAUCGUCUCAGAUCUAAUUCACAUCGCUUUCAUCUACCUGCUUGCUUUGCAUCUUUCUCGUUCCUCAAUUUCAUUUAGAUCGCAGAUCCGCCUAAAUUUCCAAUCAUGAACUCCAAUUACAGAAAAUCAUCCACUAACUCUGACUCUUUAAAUUCCUUCAAUUUUGAUCUCGGCCUCGGUUCUAACCGUUCGCGACCUCUUAACGAGCAGAAGAAUUCAACACAACCACAUGCUUAUACCUCAUCCUCCUCAUUCCCAUCUAACCAACCAAAUGCCCGAACAACGCCAUCUUGGCAGCCAAGACCUUCCUGGACUCACCAGCCUGCACCGAAUCAACCAGCUCGCCCGAAUGUUGUUGGUGCCCAGAAUUCCAUGGUUGGUGACAUAUUUGGAAAGAGCUGGACAUCAUCCAAACCUUCUGGUGCUCCUAGUGUUGGAAUUGUUAAUAAGGAUCCUAAUUUGUUUGGUGAUCUUGUUACCUCUGCCAUGGGGCAGGACAGAGCAAAUUCUAAUGUUCCUUUGAAGAAUACAGUGCCACCCUCUAAGAAUGCAUAUUCAAUGGGGAAAAUCUCAGAUUCUUUGCCAAAAGUGGAUAAUGCUUCCAAUUGGAAUGCAUCUGAGACUUUUGGUAGUUUUACUGGGGGGGCUUACUGUAAUACUUCUAAUAGUACGCAAAAUACAAACUCUGGUGGUCCUUCAUUGCGGAACAUAGGAGGAGGUGGAGGAGGAGGUGGGAUGAGUGCAAACAAGGACCCGUUUGCUUCAUUGGCUGAUUUUGGAUCAAAGCCAAUGGGUACCAUGCAUUCAUUAGGAAAAGGUACGAAAGCCAGUUCUGAGGAUAAUGCAUUUGGUAGCUUUCAGAAUGCUCCCAAAUCCAUCACGCCUGGAUUUAGUGCUAAUGAUUUUGCCUUUAGUUCAAGUUCAUACCAAAAAAUGGAUGAUUUCUCUGUUCCCUCUUCAAAGAAUCCACCUCCUCCAGUUCAGUCUUCUGGCGUUGAUGCAUUUGAUUCGCUGUUUAGCUCAUCUUCAACAGCAGCAGCCACGACAGGGAAUGGUCAAGGUGGAUCCUUGGGAACUCAGAGCCAACAGUUCUCUGCUGCAGAUGAUUGGGGGUUUGAUUCAGAUAUUGGAGGUGGGAAUGACACAGGGGGGACAACCGAGAUCGAAGGUCUGCCUCCUCCACCUGCUGGUGUUUCAGCUUCAACUGCCAAUAGUAAGGGAAUGGACAACUACAAACAGGGACAGUAUGCUGAUGCUAUAAAAUGGCUAUCCUGGGCCAUAAUUCUUCUGGAGAAGGCUGGUGAUGAUAUUCCCUUAACGGAAGCUUUAUCAAGCCGGGCUUCCUGUUAUAAGGAAGUUGGAGAAUACAAAAAGGCUGUAGCUGAUUGUACAAAGGUUCUGGAGAAUGAUGCCAAAAAUAUAGCGGUACUUGUGCAGCGUGCUCUCCUGUAUGAAAGUAUGGAAAAGUACAAACUUGGAGCGGAAGAUCUGAGGACAGUUAUGAAACUUGACCCUGGUAACAGGGUUGCCAAAAGUACCAUUCAUCGGCUGACAAAAAUGGCGGGCUGAAGGAAUUCAAAGGUUUCUCUCAUUUCCAUGGUAUUUUUCAUCUUUGCUAUUCAUGCAAUUGUCUAUCAAUAUUACUUCUCCCCCCUUUAAAUGAAUGUCUUGGGGGGAUGAUAUAAGAUUUUGUUUGAAAAUAUUUUUCAUUAGGGUGGUUUAGAAACAUGUCUGUGUUAGUCUUUUUUUUUCAUCUUAAGUUGGUCAUGUUCACGUUAUACUACUACUUUGUUUCUUAUGUUAUUUGUGGGUUUGUCUGUAUCUUGUAAUGUUCUUUUGGUCUCUAAGUAUUUACUGUUCUGAAAUAAUGUUAAGUAGUGCCGCCAUGUUUGGAAACUUGAUGACUGCGCUACUGAUUAUGAAGAUUGGUAAACCUUAUUUAGUUUA